UCUUUUGCUUCUCAUUAAUCUUACAAUAUAAAUCAAUCAAAUAUAUCCUCUUUUUUUCUUGUCUCUUUGAAGUUCAUAACUAGUGAAAAAGUUUAAGUGUUUCUGAGAGAGAUCAAAAAUUCAAAAUGGUUUGCUGCAUGGUAUCUCGUUCUGGAAGGGAAAUGCAGAGAUACAAUGAAAAUGGUGGUCGCCAAGUUGUAGGGUGCAUCCCAUACCGAUAUAAACAAGACAUUGAUGGAAGUAUAAGCAAUGAAUUGGAAGUACUUCUUGUUAGUUCACAAAAGGGUCAUACAUUCAUGUUUCCAAAGGGUGGAUGGGAAGUUGAUGAAACUUUAGAAGAAGCAGCUUGCAGGGAAUCCCUUGAAGAAGCAGGAGUUAGAGGAAUUGUUGAGCAAGAAUUGGGUGAAUGGAGUUUCAUUAGUAAAAGAUAUGGUAUAUACUAUGAAGGUCACAUGUUUCCCUUACUUGUCAAGGAACAACUUGAGUUUUGGGCUGAGAAAAAUAUACGCACAAGAAUAUGGAUGAAUGUUGUUGAAGCAAGAGAUGUUUGUCAGCACUGGUGGAUGAAGGAAGCAUUAGAUAUACUUGUUCAUAGACUAACUCUACAGUAA